AUGGGACCUGAGGAGCCUGAAGACAACAUCACUUACAUGGAUGCUUCGCUGUAUAAGGCAGCAGCAGAAGGCAACAUUGAAGUAUUCAAUAAUAAGCGGGGGCUUCAACUUGAGUCGCUAAAGACCCCAAACCAUGACAACCUGCUCCAUGUUAACUUGGCAACCCAGGAGAAUGCUGUCUGGCUUUUUGACAGUGUUCACUCAUUCUUCAAAUUAUUCCCCGUAGAAUAUGUAAUAUUCCAUCGGUAUUUGAGUAUUUUCAUUACUAUGAUAAAAAGAGAAAAGAGAUCAGAUUUUAUCGAACAAAUUCUCAGCAAGUGUCCGUCACUGCUACUCCAAACGAAUGCUAAAGGUCAAACUCCUUUGCACGUUGCAGCAAGGUAUGGACAUUCUGCUAUUGUGAAACUACUAAUCAAGUUUUGCGCAAAAGCUAGAGAUGGAGAUUUAGAGAAGCUGGGAAUGGAUCAAGUAAAUGCAGUGAGGGAGAUGCUGAGGAUUACGGAUCAGGAAUCCAACAUGGCUUUGCACGAAGCAGCACGUUGUGGCAAUGUUGAAGUGGCGAAAGCAUUGUUGGAGUUUGAAGACCCUGAUUUUCCGUAUUCUGCCAACAAAAAACAGGAGACUCCACUUUACAUAGCAGCUAGGAGGAGAGGAUCUGGGCGCUUGUUGACUCUAUUAUUAGAUAAAUUCAAAUCAACUGGUCAUGGCGGCCCCCACGGUAGAACAGCUUUGCAUGCAGCAGCUAUGGCUGGAGAUGCAGAGGCAAUAAGGAUAAUAUUAGAGAAGAAGGGGAAUUUGACAAAGGAAAGAGAUGAAGAUGGACACACCCCUUUUCAUAUUAUGCUACACACUUGGGUUAUAGAUUAUCAGUUGUGGAAGAACUGUUAA